AGAGAAGCAACAUUGCAAAGCUGAAGGUUACCCUUCUGGUUAAGGACGGGCAUUCGUCUGUAUUACCGCUGGAUGCCGGUUUGUUCUCUCCCACAAAUGGCUGUUGCUGAUGGUAUCCGGCCAAUGGAUGUUGAGUAUCAUGCGUAGACAAACAUUUUUAAAUACUUUUACCUUCUUGAUGAUGGUUGUUGUUCUCCAAGUUUCAGCUCCGUACAGUAGAACUGCCUUGACGUUCGUAUUGAAGAUUCUGACUUUGAUAUUGGUUGAAAGCUAUUUUGAGUUCCAAAUGUUCUUCAAUCGUAGGAAUGUGGGCCUUGCUUUGCCGAUCCUCGCCUUUACAUCUGAACCUCCUUGUUCAUCGAUGAUGCUUGCCAGGUAUGUGAAGGAUUCUACAUCUUCCUGAGUUUCACUAUCAAGAGUGAUUGGAUUACUGUUCUCCGUGUUGUAUUUGAGGACCUUGGUUUUCCCCUUGUGUAUGUUGAGGUCUACCGAUGCAGAGACUGCUGCUACAUUGGCUGUCUUUAUCUGCAUCUGUUCGUGUGUAUGCGAUAGGAGGGCUAGGUCAUCUACGAAGUCCAAAUCGUUUAAUUGAUUCUGAGCUGUCCAUUGUAUUCCGUGUUUUCCUUCAGUUGUCGAGGUCCUCAUAAUCCAGUCGACCACCAGAAGAAAGAGGAAGGGAGAAAGUAAACAGCCUUGUCUGACUCCGGUCCUUACUUGGAAUGCAUCUGUCAGCAGUCCUCCAUGCACGACUUUGCAUUGUAGUCCGUCGUAUGAGUUCUGGAUAAUAUUGACAAUGUUCUCAGGAACUCCAUAGUGUCGAAGAAGUUUCCAUAACAUCCUCCUAUCUACACUGUCAAAUGCCUUUUCAUAAUCAAUGAAGUUGAUGUAUAGUGACGAGUUCCACUCAACUGAUUGUUCGACGAUGAUCCAUAGUGUCGCAAUUUGGUCUAUGCACAACCGGUCCUUACGGAAUCCAGCUUGUUGGUUUCGAAGUUGAGCGUCUACUGCGCCUUUCAUGCGGUUCAGCAACACUCUGUUAAAGACCUUCCCUGGUAUUGACAGUAGUGUAAUGCCUUUUUAGUUUUCACAUUGGCUCAGAUUUCCUUUCUUUGGAAUCUUUAUGGGGUGUCCUUCAUUCCAGUCCAUCGGCACUUGUUCCUCCUCCUGAAUCUUUUUGAAUAGAAGGUAAAGCAUGCUUGUGGUUACUUCGAUGUUGGGUGGGUUGACAUCUAUGGGAAGAUCUGUGUUUGCUACUUCGAUGUCCGGUGGAUUCAUUGAAGCCGGCCUAUUCAGGAGUUCCUCGAAGUAUUCCACCCAUCUGUUCCGCUGUUGUUGAAUUUCAGUGAUUGGCUUGCCUUCUUUGUCUUUGACCGGUCUCUCUGGUUUACUGUAUUUCCCUGAUAGUUUCUUCGUUGUAUCGUAAAGCUGUUUCAUAUUCCCUUCUCAAGCAGCUUUUUCUGCCCUCGUUGCUAAUUCUUCCACGUAUUUCUUCCUGUCGGAUCUAAUGCUCCUCUUCACUUGCUUGUUUGCUUCUAUGUAUUCAGUUUGUGCUUAGACUUUCUCUGCUCGUGUUCGGCUGUUGUUUAUUGCUGCCUUCUUGUUCUUCCUUUCUUUGAUCUUGUCCAGUGUUUCUAUAUAGAUCCAUUCCUUAUGAUGGUGUUUCUUUAGGCCCAGAACCUCUUGACACUUUGAAGUUAAUGCUUUCUUGAUGUCUUUCCAGUUGUCCUCCAUAGCAGUUUCUUCUUCCUUCAGUAGAUCUUGUAAGGCUUGGAACCUGUUGUUGAGAGCUAUCUUGAAUUCAUUGAGUUUGUCAGUAUCUCGAAGGAAGGCUGUAUUGAACCUUUGUAUUGCUGUUUGUCCAGUUGUCCAGUUCUUUUUUAGAUUCAGUUUUAAAUUGGCCACAACUAGGUGGUGAUCUGAAGCUAUGUCAGCACCUCUCCUGGUUCUCACAUCUUCCAUUGUCCUUCGGAAUUUUUUGUUGAUGCAAAUAUGAUCUGUCUGGUUCUCUGUAGUGUGGUCCGGUGAGAUCCAUAUAGCCUUGUGUAUACGCUUGUGUGGAAAUAUUGUGCCCCCUAUGACCAAUUUGUUGAAUGCACAUAGAUUUGCAAAUCUUUCUCCAUUUUCGUUUCUCUGUCCCAGCCCAUGUCGUCCCAUAAUAUCUUCAUAUCCGGUGUUGUCUAUUCCGACUUUGGCAUUUAGAUCUCCCAUAAGAACGGUGAGGUCCUUUCUUGGGCACUUCUCUAUGAUUGAUUGCAGUCGCUCAUAGAAUCGAUCUUUAAUGUCGUCGUUGCUAUCAUUGGUGGGUGCAUAUCAUUAGAUAGUAUUCAUUGUGAUCCCCUCCUUCUUUGUUUUGAAUGAUGCUUUGAUGAUUCUGGAUCCGUGAGAUUCCCAUCCUACAAGUGCAUUUCGUGCUACUUUGGACAGCAUAAGAGCGACUCCCUGAGUGUGUGGAGCAUUGUCCUCUUCGUGACCGGAGUAUAGCAGCAUCUCUCCCGUAGCUAGCCUUUUCUGUCCAGCUUGGGUCCAGUGGGUUUCGCUGAUUCCCAGUACUGCCAAGUUGUAUCUCCUCAUUUCCGUUGCUAUUUGACUGGUCUUCCCGGUCUCCCACAUUGUCCGGACGUUCCAUGUACCUAUAAAAUUUUUUGCUCUGGUUGUUAAAAGGGGCAUCGGCCUCGUGGCUUCCGAAGGAGCUCGGCUUUCACCAUGAAGCGUCAUAAUUCUUCUAAAUGAAGACCUAAUUCCCAGGGCAGAGUUUAAAUGGUUUGAAUUAUUUUUUCUGGGAUGUCGAAAAUGUCACACAAUCCCACUCCUGCUUCUGUUCCAAUUGAAAAUUCUGCUUUAGAUUCUGUUGAAGCAGCUAAAGCUAAACAGAAUUCUUUACGUGAACGUUUAGCUGCAAGACGUCAACUUUUAGCUUCUGUUACCCAUUCUACUAAAACUUCGUCUUCCGCUUCCUUACUUACAAAUAAUAGCAGUACUGGAAUUGGUUCAAUUAACAAACCUUUUAAUGUUAACCAGUCAACUGUUUCUGUUAUCGAGAAUGCAUUGAAACGAAAACUCGGUGAUAAUAAUAUAACGAGUGUGUCGUCUGAUACACUUUCAGUCCAUUCUCAGUCGAAUAUAACUUCUUUAUCAGGAUUAUUGAAUUCGUCAUCUAGUAGCUGUGAUCAUAUUGGAAAAUGUCCCUGUCACAAAUCGCAAAAUGUAUCUACUGUCGAUUCGAAACAAUCAGAUCACAGUUGUAAUUUACUCGAUAAAUCAUCUGAUUUCGAAAAAUCAAUCCCUAAACAGUCAAGCACUAUUCAACAAUUGAAAACAUCACAUCAACACGUAGUCCAUACAUCAGAAACAACGCCAAUAGACUGUGAACGGAAAUCCAAUUUUUCUAAUAUCAGAAAACAAUGUGAAAAUAAUGAGUCAAUAUCCGAUAGAAAUAAACGUCCACCUAAUGAUAAAUGUAAUCAUUAUCAAUCUACUAUAAAAGAGACUAAUCAUGAAAUAGAAUUUAAUUUAGAAAAUCUGUUGGGUGCUGAAACGAUACGUGAAAAAGAAAGUAAACGAAUACGUGAAGAAGUUAUGGAAUUAUUAAACAGGCAAUCGACCAAAGAAAGAUUUCUAACCGAACGUUUCCGAACUCAAGGAGGCAGUCAAGUACAACAGUUUUGUUCUUAUGGUACCCGUACUGAAUGCUCAAAAGUUAAAUCACGAACUGGUGAUAAGAAACGGUGUAAUAAACUUCAUUUCCGUAAAAUUAUACACCCACAUACGGAUGAAUCUCUUGGAGACUGUUCAUUCUUGAAUACUUGUUUUCAUGUUGACACGUGUAAAUAUGUUCAUUACACAAUAGAUUAUACAGAUAGUGUUAAUCAACAAUUAGAUGGUGGUGUUGCUAAUCGGAAUGUGUUAAAUAAUAAGAAAAAUAAUCAAAAUGAUAAUAGUUCUACAACAAAUACAAUGUCUUCGUCAUCAUUAUCAGUAUCAUCGUCACAAAUCAACACAUCUUCAAUAGAUUCAAUUGAUGACGGUGUCAGUGUUGGUGGCGGUGGUGCUGUAAAAGACAAUGGAACAUCACUAGUUUUAUAUCCACCUCAGUGGAUUAACUGUGAUAUACGACUGAUAAAUAUGUCAAUCCUUGGAAAAUUUGCUGUGAUUAUGGCUGAUCCACCAUGGGAUAUACACAUGGAACUGCCCUAUGGAACAAUGUCAGACGAUGAGAUGAGACGAUUAGAUAUACCUUGUUUACAAGAUGAUGGUUAUAUAUUCCUAUGGGUAACAGGAAGAGCUAUGGAACUUGGUCGAGAAUGCUUACGUUUAUGGGGUUACGAACGCGUAGAUGAGAUUAUAUGGGUUAAAACUAACCAAUUGCAACGUUUAAUUCGGACAGGACGUACAGGACAUUGGUUAAAUCAUGGCAAAGAACAUUGUUUAGUUGGUGUAAAAGGCAACCCAAAAGGUGUAAAUCGAGGUCUCGACUGUGAUAUAAUUGUCUCUGAAGUUCGUGAAACUAGUCAUAAACCUGAUGAAAUCUACGGUAUAAUUGAACGAUUAUCUCCUGGUACACGCAAGCUCGAAUUAUUUGGACGUCCUCAUAACUUACAGCCUAACUGGAUCACGCUUGGAAACCAACUGGACGGAACUUAUUUGGUUGAUCCAGCAGUUGUUGAAAGAUUUAAAAAACACUAUCCAAAUGGUUUGGAUAUAAAAGUCAAAUAAAAACUAGACUACCAUGUAUUAAUUCUGAUUUAUACAUACAUCUGUACACUCGAUUCAUAAACUCAUUGUAAAUAUUGUAAAAAUAUAAAGAAUAUUACUG